AUGGACUCGUGGUUGGAAUUGCAACCUGCUCUAUCGUCACCCGUUUUAAAAACAAUUCAAUCGUUCGGAUACAAAUGCAUGACGCCUGUUCAGGCUUCCUGCAUACCUCUGUUCUUGAGUCAGAAAGAUGUUGCAGUUGAGGCUGUAACGGGCAGUGGUAAGACGAUAUCGUUUGUAGUUCCAAUGCUGGAGAUGUUACUGAAGAGAGAAGAACCUUUUAGGAAACAUGAUAUAGGUGCCUUGAUAAUUACCCCGACUCGAGAACUGGCCAUUCAAAUUGAGGGUGUGAUUCAAGGUUUCCUUGAAAAUAUGCCCCAAUUCACAUCGAUGUUAUUGAUUGGGGGUAACAACCCUUUAGCUGACAUUGAAAAGUUUAGUAAGCAAGGGGCACAUAUAAUCAUUGGCACUCCAGGUCGCACAGAUGAUUUCAUGAAGAGGGAUGUUGCUGGCCUGCCUCUGUCUGCAUCUAUCAAAUCAUUGGAAGUUUUGAUAUUGGAUGAGGCUGACAGACUCUUGAACAUGGGGUUUAAAAACAGUUUGAACAACAUCUUGAGCUUCCUGCCGAAGCAACGGAGAACAGGUUUGUUUUCAGCAACACAGACAGAAGAGGUUGAGGAUCUGAUUCGGGCAGGCCUUCGCAAUCCAGUUUCAAUUGUCGUCAAACAAACUUUAUCAGGUGUUGCUCAACAAGUCUGGGAACAAAAAACUCCAACUACAUUAAAAAAUUAUUACUUUAUUUGUAAUGCAGAGGAUAAGCUGAAUUAUUUAGUAGGAUUUCUCAGGAAGCACAAAGCCGAUAAGAUCAUCCUCUUCUUCAGCACAUGCACCUGCGUGGAUUACUUUUCAAAUAUUUUACAAAAGCUGUUGAAAGACAGAACAAUUUUAUCGAUGCAUGGCAAGAAAGGAAACCGAAGGAAUGUGUUUGAAAAGUUUAUAAAGUUGAAAAGCGGCAUAUUGAUGUGUACGGAUGUCAUGGGACGAGGUGUCGACAUUCCGGAGGUAGCUUGGGUCAUUCAGUACGACCCACCCAGCUCUGCCUGCAACUUCGUACAUCGCUGUGGUCGAACAGCUCGCAUUGGAAAUGAAGGCAGUGCAUUGGUCUUUUUGCUGCCCUCUGAAGAAUCUUAUUUGAAAUUCAUCGAACUCAACCAAAAAAUAUCACUUGAUCCCUACUCUAUUGAGGAGAAGGCUGAUGUAAUGGAGAAGGUAAAAAAGAUAGCUCUCACUGAUAGGGCCAUCUAUGAGAAAGGUCUGCAGGCGUAUGUAUCAUUCGUUCAAUCAUAUGCCAAACAUGAAUGCAAUCUUAUUUUUCGAAUAAAAGAGUUGAAUCUCGGUAAACUAGCCACUGGGUUUGGUUUGUUGCACCUUCCGAAAAUGCCAGAAUUGAAAAACGUUCAAUGUGAUUUUGUUCCUACUCAAUAUGACUACUCGAAAAUUUCUUACAGAGACAAAGAAAGAGAAAAAUGUAGAAAGAGAAAAUUAUGCGAUGAAGCAGCCAACGCACAAACGAAAACAAAGUUUAAGAAAAACAACGAAUCGUGGUCUAAGCAGAAAGAAAAGCAAAUAAAAAAGAACCAAAGGAAAAUUAAGAAAGUUAACAGCAAAAGGAAAUUAGAUGAAAAUGAUUUAAACGAUCUUCGUAAUGACGCAAAGCUCAUUAAAAAACUUAAAUCUAAAAAAAUUACAAAAGAACAGUUUGACGCCGCCUUCAGAACGUCGUUAACUUGAUUCUUUUUGUAAGUAGGAAAAAUUUUUUUUCAUUAUCAAAUGUGAAAACAGCGUCAAAUUUUUAAUGAUCAUUCAUUAUUUUAUGCGAAUAAAAUAUUAAACCGGUUGAAAACCGAUAUUUAUUUCAGACAUUUCUAGUUAGAAUGCAAGUAAUUUUAGAUUAAACCUUGUACAUAAGCUGAGAAAUUAAUAUAACUUGCGUGCACUUUUGAUGUAUCAACAUUUCCAAGAUUGAUAGUUGAGUGUCGUUAGUUUUUAACGUGCUGUGAAAUUUGUAAAAUAAGUUUUUUUAU